UUCUACGCGAACAUCUGUUUUUGACAGUAUUGAAAUUGGCGCGGCGUUAAAUGCUUUUCAUGUCGUUAAUAAAUUUGUUGUUUUUAGUUAAUUUAUAAAUAAUACAAUUAUGACUACUACAAAUAAUGAGGAAAUGCUUGAUUGGAAGCGCUUGUGGCAAUUAGUUUCUGGCAUUAAUUAUGAGACUCCCGAGGACACCGUUCAGACUGAAUUACUUAGUGUAGCAAAAGAACUUGAAUGUGGGCUAUUGCAAUUUAAGGAUAUGAGUGCAUCUACAAUCGACAUUGAAAAGUUAUUACAGCAAAAGAAGCAAGAAAAAUUAUUAAUGUUCACACAGCGCUUGCAAGAGUUGCUAAAUGUGGAGUCAAAACAAUGUUGGGAGAUAUUAUGCUAUUAUCUACAAAAUGAAUAUCGCGGUUCCGCUAGUUUACUGACUGUGCUUCUAUCAACUGAGACUAAUAUGAGUAAACUGCUAGAUAAUAUUUGGGGCUAUUACACGCUACAACGUAUGAUUAUCUUAAAAAUAGUCAAAAAUCUCUUCAUAUAUUUUAAAGUACCUAGUCAUCCAUAUCAUCAUGAAUACGAAAAAGUGGUUGAACAUAUUUCAAUAGAAAAAUUGCAAAAGUCUUAUUUAAAACAAUUAGAAUUUUUAAUAAAUGAAAAGCCGCCAGGUAAGCUGGCGUCAAGAGAAUUUUUUAAUUUUAACGAAAAACUAAUUAAGUGGUCGGAACGGAAUGCACGAGAGAUAAAUGAAGUAUUACACAUAUUAUUACUGAUAAGCGAGCAGUUGCCGUUUACAUUAGAACAAAUCAAAAUAUUAUUUGAGUGCUUUAAGCAGCAUGCUUUUGGUAGGCAGCAGCAGUACUUCGUUAGCAAUAAUGGCUUGCAUCAAGAACUAAUACAACGUAUCACUUAUUCGGAACUCAUACUUUUUCUAAAAUGCGUCGAUUUUAAUGAUGUCGAGAAAUGUAAAGAUAUUGCUUGUGAAGUAAUAGAUGUAUUGGCAGAUGAUAUUGAGCGUAUGUACCACAGGCCAGAGAAUGGACCAAUGCUUUUGGCAUGGAUGUUGCUUAAUUUCCGUUUUAAAAAUGCAGCUGAAAAUUUGGAGUCUUCUCGUAAGUUCAGGUUAUUCGGUAAACGAGCUAUUGACCUAGAAUGCUUUAAAUAUUUGCGUAGUAUGCUAACUAAUGAAAUGCUUAGGAAUGAUAGUCUAGUGUCACAAAUUGCACGCAGAACAGUGCAUAACCUGCUAAGCUAUAUGUGCGACUUAUUUGACAACGAUGGCACAUGUGCUAGUUACCCUUUCAUAUAUGAAUUGCUGGCUGAAUUACUCUCUUGGCCCACGUUAGCGAAGCAAUUUUGUAGUUCCGAAACUGGCACACGUUCCUUGUAUAAUACAUUAUUGGAAAUAUUUCCAUAUAAUUUUAUGCACAUAUCAAUGUUGGCAACUGCGUUAGUAAAAGGUGGUCAGGGAGCAUAUGUUAAGUCUCAGCUGGAAGAGUUACCAAUUUUUACUGAUACGUAUGAGCACUACGGUACUGUUUUGCGUGCAGUCAGUGUAGAUGAUUAUGUACUCACAAGAAAUAUAAAUCCUUUUCCGCAUAUUGAUUAUACUAUUUAUGAAGGAACAACUGUUGUAGUUAUGUCCCGUGAAGAAGGCUAUUGUGUGCAUUUUCGAAAGAAUGUCAACUAUUUCAAUGUCUUGCAACAUGAGAUGAAUUGUUUGCUUUCAAGCACUACGCAGAUUAGUAAAGAUUUUAUAAAAGGUGAUCGGAUUUCACGUGUUAACGAAGGACUUAAAUAUUUGUGCGCUGAGUUGCAACGUACAAAAUCAAUAGCAGCUAUAAGUGCUGAAAUGGUUCACCCAACAGAAAUGUGUAUAGACUUGCUUAACAAAUAUAAAUAUCUACAAAAUCCACCAGUCGUGCUCUUGGCGAAUUGUCUUAAUGUGUGCACGGCAUUAUUGCGUCUGGUAGAUCAAGAAAUAUACUUACGUGUUAUUAAUUUGGAUAUUUUGCCUGUCAUUACAAAUACCACAUUGGAUGAUUUCAAAAAAUAUUCGAUUGGUGUACACUUUGACUCCAAACUUGUUGGUAGCUAUUUAGUAGAAAUUGAAAAGAAAACUGAGUGCUAUGAUUUUUUUUUGGCUUACUUAAACUUUUUAAGAACUUAUACGAAGCUUCAACUCGGUAUACCAAAUGCUGAUGAUUUUUAA